AUGAGGCAAGACGUGCAAAUAGUGCUGAAGUUUCUUCGGGAAUCUUUUGAUUUUGAGCCUUCUACCAGCCCGGCAGACACGGUCAGUAAACUGAGGUUUAGGAUGGCCAGUGCAGAUAAUAAAAUCAAAAGAAUGAAGGAACAAUUAAAGAGUAAUGAGAUCCUCGUGAAGGCUUGCAAGGGACUGACGGGUGUGUCUGGUCCCCUUGCUCCCGAUGGGUUAGCCGACCUAAUCACAUCCAUCUGGAGCAAACAAAAACACGUCAUAUCACAGCUUAAGAUCGAAAUCCAGAAAUUUAAAGAGAAUCGACCAAGUCAGACAUUUGACAUCACUCCGAUAGGCCACUCGGAUCAGUUACUGACGGGUCUUGCUCAAUUGAUGGAUAUCGAUACUACCAACACCCAGACCUCAACCAUUGUCGAUAAGAUGAAGGUCACUUUCAUCGACCUCAAAGACAUGGUCAAGGUCAAAGAUGACAAGAUUCAGAAUCUUUGUGAUCGUGAAAAGAAGAAGACCAAACGCAUCGUUGAACUCCAAAACGAAAUCGAUGAUUUGCAAACAAAGAACAUCGACUUAGCCCUUGACCUGCAGGAAGCUCAGGAUAAGCGUCAGACAGCAGAAAAUCGAGUCUUUGAUUUUGAGAACAAGAUUCGCUAUCUCGAGGAAGACAUCGAGAAGAAGACGUCUGAAAUUGAGGAUUUACUGCAGCGUUACGAGGAUGCUGGAGAGGUGAUUUUGGAUCUUCAGAAUGAUCUGGAGGAGGCUAAAAAGAACAACGCAUCUCUUGAGAAACAGAUCAAGGAUAUCCAAACCAGAGAGUUUAAGAAAGAUGAAUACAUCUUGACCUUAGAGAAGGAUUUGGCAACUCUCAAGCAGAGGAUGGACUUGGAUUCAUUCUCUGAAGAUCAUUUCAUGACAUCGAAAGCUAACCAGAAUGCCCUGAAGCUGCAAAAACAAGCAUUCGACCAAGAACUUAAGAAUCUUCGUUCUAAUGGACAGGAAAGAGAUUACUAUGUCUUGAAGUUGGAGCAGGAUAUUGAAAACAUGCAGAAAGAGAAAGAUGUGCUCUAUCAAGAGAUACAGGAGCUAGAGAGAAAGAAUGCUGAAACCACAGACCGUCUUCUUGAUUUGGAAAAAGAAUUCGCAGACUUAGAGAGUCAAAGGAAUGAAAAGGAUGAAGAAAAUAAGCGUCUUUCUGUUGAGAUAUCACAGCGAGAUACCAAUAUCAAACAACUGAUAGCAGAGAAUCAACAGCUACUGUCAAACUCUCAGAAAGUGAAGGAAAGCUGUUCAACGAUGAGUCAAGAAAAGGACCGUCUCGAAACUCUUGUGGCGAACUUGACACAGAAAACAGAUUGCCUCACAGCACAACUCGAAACAGCAGCCCAAGAUAUUCAGGAAUUGAAGGAUCAGUCUCUAUCCAAUAUUAAAGAGGGAAAGAUACAUCAGACUAAUGCCCAACAACUGAGCGAAGAAAAUUCAUAUCUCUCAAAACAACUUGACGAAUUAAAGCAGAAGAGCCAGGAAUCGGAAAAGAGGCUUUUUGAAAGAGAAGAGAUGGACCAGCAUCAGAAUGAGAAACUUUCGGUUGAAAUAAAGAAGACCCAGCAACAAUAUCAGGACUUGAAGGAGAGAUUCCAAUCUGAGAUUGACGAAGUGACGAAAACUCGCAAAGAAUUAACGGAGAGAGCAGCUAAAGAAAAGCGUGACCUACUCACUGAACUUGCAGAAGCUCGAAAACAGCUGGAGGCAUUCCAAGAGAAAUCUAAGCGUUUCCAGAAAAUGAGCGACGAUUUGGGAGAGAAGAAUUACAGCUUAUCGACUGAAAUCGCAACGGCUAUAUCAGACAACAAGGCACUGAAGGAUGAAUUGAAGACAUCUAAAGAUAAUUGCGAGAAGGCAAUCAAAAUUCUGCAGGAGAAAAAUGACGCACUUUUGUCUGAACUCGAUGCUGUUAACGAGAAGUGCAAGGACCUACAGGAGAAAGUUGGUGAUUUACAGGAAGAAAAUAAGAACAUGGUUCAGGAAACAAUUGCAUCACAGGGAGGCAAGAAUAAAGAGGUAUAUGAUGAGCUGAUAAAGAGCUACCAAGAAUGCAAGGAAAGGGGUGAAGAGUUGGAAAGAGAAAGGCAACAGUUCCAGGAAAACGUUGCCAAAUGGGAGAAAGAAAAGGCCAAUGUCUUGAAGCAGCUUGAAUCACGACAAAUUGACAAGGACAGCAAUGUCAGCAGCCCGAAGAUUCCAGGCGCCUCGGCUAACAUGGCUAACCUUCAUGAGAGAACUACAGACCUUCAGAAAGAUAAAUUAGAUCUCGAAGAAAAACUACAGACUUCAGCUGAGGAGCUAAGGGCAUUGGAAGAAGAUCUCAAUUCCGUAAAGACAGAAAGCGAAAAGCGAGUUUCAGAGUUACAGGAAGAAAAUGAUUUCAUGAUUCGUGAAGUUGCAUCUCUUCGCGACCUUUGUCUAGAAUUGGAAGAGUCGAUGGAAUCUAUGGCAGAAAGGAAUGACCAACUGAAGCGAGUUUUAAGUCUUACCCAGGAAGAAAAAGACGAUGAUCUCUUGGAUGAAUUGGAGAAAAGCUUUCUACGAUGCCAGGAUCUGGAAGAUACAUUGAAGCAUGUGCAACUGGAAUCCAAAGAAUCAUCGGAUGUAUGGAAUCAAGAAAAGAAAUAUCUCUUAGACCAACUCCAAGACCUACAACUUCCACCUAAGGAGAUGGGUUCCAGACCGGUUCAUGAUCUAGUAGCUACCAACAAGCUUCAAGAACAAAUCUCUCAGCUCCAACAAGAUAGGAAAGGACUAGAAGAAAAACUUCGAGAAGCAGAGAAAGAAAGCGCGGUAAAAUUAUUCCCUAAUUGUAAUUUAGACAUGAUACUAAAGUAA